AUGCUUCCUGUUUCCGGAUUCAAUCGAGCUCUCAACGAGGCCGCUCCGGCACUCUCACGUCGCUUCUUCUCCUGCAGCGGCCGACUCCAAUGCGGGCUGCGCUCGGACGGGCAGGCGCAGGUGCGGGCCACCCGUAAGGCUCAGCUGGGUAUAAGACAGUUCGGCACGACUCUCUCAACGAUGUCUAGAUCUUCUUGCGCGGGAAAACCUACGCCGUACCCUGCCACUCUCCUGAAAUCGAAGCGAACUACCACUCCGCAGUCGGGGUGGACUAGGGCUUUUUCUACGUCUUUAAGAUCAAGAUCUACCGCUUCGGCAGCGACGGUCGAGACUAUUGCCGAUGCAGCAAAGAGUGAGAGAGGCAAAGGUUCGUCUUUUCCGAAGACGUCGACCAAAACCGUGGCGUAUUGGCUCUUGGGAAGUGCGGCUAGUGUGUUUGGAAUCGUCGUCUUUGGUGGACUGACGCGGUUGACUGAGUCUGGCCUCAGUAUCACCGAAUGGAAACCUGUCACCGGCUCUCUCCCUCCACGCUCCCAGGAAGACUGGGAAUCCGAAUUUGCCAAAUACCGAUCCUCCCCCGAAUUCAAGAUCCUCAAUUCUCGCAUGACAUUGGAAGAGUUCAAGAGUAUAUACUGGAUGGAAUGGAUACAUCGUCUGUGGGGACGCUUCGUGGGUCUCAGUUUCGUGCUCCCCGCUGUCUACUUCGUCGCCAGGCGCAAGGUCUCCAAACCCAUGGCGUGGAGACUCUUCGGCAUUGCUGGUUUGAUCGGCUUUCAAGGCUUUAUUGGCUGGUGGAUGGUCAAAUCUGGGCUGAAGGAUGACCUGUUUGCGUCUGGUCAACAUCCUCGAGUUAGCCAGUACCGGCUUACGGCUCACCUUGGGGCGGCUUUCGUCUGUUAUGUGGCCAUGCUCUGGAACGGUCUAAGUAUCUUGCGCACUAAUAAGCUCCUCUCACAACCGGCCGAAACGUCCUCAUCCAUCUUGGCUCAGCUCCGCAACCCAACCCUCAACGCGUUCAAGCGCUCUGUUGGUGGUCUCGCAGCAUUGGUUUUCAUCACCGCCAUGUCAGGUGGGCUGGUCGCCGGCCUCGACGCCGGAUUGAUCUACAACGAAUUUCCCUACAUGGGUUUAGGAUUGACACCUCCCAAGUCCGAGCUCUUCGACAAAUUCUACUCCCACACCGAAGACAACAGUGAUCUGAUCUGGCGCAAUUUCCUUGAAAAUCCCAGUUUGGUGCAACUUGACCACCGCAUUCUCGCAACCACGACGUUCUCAACUGUCAUGGCCAUGUUCGCGUGGACCAAGUACUCUCCGCAGUUGAAGGCCGCGCUACCUCGUGCAGCGGCCAAGGGCAUGCAUGGCGUGGUCGGGUUCGUCUGGCUGCAGGUGAUCUUGGGCAUUACGACACUACUAUACCUGGUCCCGACCCAUUUGGCCAGCACACAUCAGGCAGGAUCUCUUGCUCUGUUGACCUGGACGAUUGUGCUCGGUUCGCGAGUCUGGCUUCCGUCCGCGGCGGUCCAGAAGAUCGUGGCAGAGCGGAUGAGAGCUGCCGUGGCCGCGGGCAGCCAGGCACAAAUCGCUAGGGCGGGCGCUCAGUCUGCGCUUCUGAAGGAGACAACCACCGGGACGGCGAAUGCGCAUGUGGCCGGUACACUUGCAGCUGGUGGUGCUGGUCUAUUGCCUCUAGGAUUGUGGGUUGUGAGUAAUAGUGAGACGGUCAAGCAGCAGGAACUCGAUACUGUGGGAAAGGCACAGGUUGAGUUCUUGCAGAGGCAGUCGGGGAAGAGUGAGAGAUCUGUAUGA